UCAUUUUUUGGACAGCAAGCAUGCAAGUACAAAAUGUCUUUUGAAGACGACGAGUUCUCCGGCGCUUACAGCGCCCUGGUUGGUUCAUUUCCUAAGGACUUUGGUUAUGGACCAGAUGAUCAUAAUGCUGAUGUGGGAGCUUCUGCAUCAGAUACCAAGCCAAGAAUCUUGCUCAUGGGACUAAGGAGGAGUGGCAAGUCAUCAAUACAGAAGGUUGUAUUUCAUAAGAUGUCACCAAAUGAAACACUUUUCUUAGAGAGCACAAAUAAAAUAAUCAAAGAUGAUGUCAACAAUAGCUCAUUUGUGCAAUUCCAAAUUUGGGACUUUCCUGGUCAGAUUGACUUCUUUGACCCAACAUUUGACUCGGAGACAAUAUUCGGCGGAUGCGGUGCCCUGGUCUUUGUAAUUGAUGCUCAGGAUGAUUAUAUGGAUGCUCUUGCCAAGCUUCAUAUGACAGUCACCAGAGCGCAUAAGGUCAACCCUAGCAUCAAGUUUGAAGUCUUUAUACAUAAAGUAGACGGCUUAUCAGACGAUCAUAAGAUUGAGACUCAAAGAGACAUCCAUCAGAGAGCUAACGAUGAUCUUGCUGAUGCUGGACUAGACUGCAUACAUCUCAGUUUCUACCUGACAAGUAUUUAUGAUCACUCCAUCUUCGAAGCUUUCAGUAAAGUGGUCCAGAAACUCAUUCCACAGCUGCCUACGCUGGAGAAUCUCCUCAACAUCUUAAUAUCGAACUCUGGUAUCGAGAAGGCCUUUCUGUUUGACGUUGUGAGUAAGAUCUACAUCGCUACAGACAGUUCCCCUGUUGAUAUGCAGUCAUAUGAGCUAUGCUGUGAUAUGAUCGAUGUCGUCAUUGAUGUAUCAUGUAUAUAUGGGUUACCAGACGAUGGUGAAGUAGCCUACGACACUGACUCCAGCUCCAUCAUCAGACUCAACAAUGCAACAAUCUUAUACCUCAAGGAAGUUAAUAGAUAUCUAGCUCUCGUCUGCAUCCUUAGAGAAGAUAACUUUGAUAGGCAAGGUCUGAUUGACUACAAUUUCUUGUGCUUCAAGAAAGCAAUAGAAGAGAUCUUUGAGGUACGACAGAAGGCCCAGGGGCUAGGAGGCUCUGGUCCAAGCGGAGCGGCGGGAAUGAAGGCGUUACGCUCACUCAGCAGUGAUUCCACCGAGAGCCCUCACAUGAACGGACUAGUGACGACAAAGUCAUGAUAGCUUUGAAGUCGAGAAGUGUGAGCUACUCCACUAAACACUUAUGAGUCGUGACAAUGUGUUUGGAUGAGUGAUUUUUUCUUCGGUAAUAAUGAUUCUGAGGAAAUGAAGAGGCAAUCCACCAACUAUGUCUACUUGUACUUUUUUGAAAGGGUAUCAAGUGAAUGUCGUCUCGCGAACACUCUGUGCUCCGAAGAACAUGUAUAUACAGGAAUGCAUCUUUGAUUGAGAUGCAUUGAUAGUGGAAACAAGUAUUUUCCUCACAAGUUGAAGGUAAGAUUUAUAAGAAAAAAUAGUUUUAAUGUUGUGGAUCGUCAAGACAGGACUCGUGGGUGAGCAGGCAGGAGUUUUGGUUGCUGCGGCCAGGAGGAAAAUGUUUAACAUAAUGGGCGGCAGACUGUGGCAUUCUACAAUGGUCAUUCUACAAGUAUAGAGAAAUAUAUCACUGCUGCAUCCAACGCGCAAGUCGAUGAUGUUGAAUUGAAACAUAGUUCCUUGAUAGCCUGUGCAGUUAACUCGGCCAGCAGACUUGAUACAUUUUGUUAUAAUGGGAAAAACAACACAAGGCACAAGUUAAGGUAGCUGCUUUAGAAUGGGGUGGGGUUCUGGAUUCGAACCCCAUUCCAGUCGAGUAAUGUUCCUGUGGAAUUGUUAAUUUGCAGUACUCGGAAGAGCACUUAGUACUUGUCGCACUUUGGUAGCUUACAUCAAAAACAUUACUAAGUGAUGUUUGAACUUAAUGUUUGCAGAAAACAAUGCUUGACAGAUUGCUAAGCAGCAAUUUAGAGGAGUGACAGUUCAUGAAGAUUUUUCUCAUCAAGAGUUUUUCUGGCUUAAAAAAUUGGUCUCCCUUUAUGUACUUGUUUUUUUAACACGGACCAACUUCGCAAAGCAUGGCUUAACUUCAUGUAGCUGCUUAAACUGAAAAUGCCCGAAACAAUUCUGCCAAGCAACAAUUAGCAGAAAACCAGCCACAGACGAUUGUGUUAUGGUUGUUUUGUUCUUGGCUGCAUUUUGUGCUUAUGUGGGGCUCACCCAGGGCCCAAUUUCAUAAAGAUGGUAAGCAGAAAAUUCUACCUAGCAAAUUUCUUUGCUUACCAAGAAAUUAGUGAGAUACCAGUCUUAGCAGUGCAAACUGGUAUUUAGCUGGUAAAUUUUUUUCAGCUAAGCAAGAUUUGUCUGUUCAUGGCACGUUUUUGUGCUUACAGGCUUUAUAAAAUUAGACCUUGGUGAGCACAGAAGCAUGCGUACAUUUGUAGCACACACAUCUUGCUCAUAGCACAGACAGAUUACCAGUCAAAAAUGAUGUGCAUUUUAUGACAUUGGACUGGUGCUCCAUAGUAUUUCUUUACAACAAUUUACAUCAGUUACGGCAGUUUUUCUCAAUCUAGAAAAUGCUCAAGUCAUAAUGUACAUACAAUUUGACAUGGUACAUGUAGUAUUUUUAUACAGGCAGUUUACAUGUAUGUUUACAUUGUUAAGAAGUGUAGAGGACUAACAUUGGGUUGCGUAAUAAGUGUUUCAAUUUAAAAUGUCUUGUAAGAAUCUGCUAAUAUCAGGAAUUUACAGAAAG